UGUGUGUGUGUGUGUUGUCUCUGGAGUGAUCUGAGCUCUGAAUGUGCAACCUAAUUCCACACACAGAGCAGUCCUCUGCUCUUAUCAACUCAACACAGCCUGUGAAGCCCUCACUGCAACUAUGUGCUUUGCCGCAGUCAUGAGGUGCAAAUUCUCUUUCUGGGCCAUAUUUCUAGAAGUUGUUAUAAUUGUUUUAUUUGUAUUAUUUGUUGAAUAUGAGACAACCCAGCAGGUCAAUGCUACAACAUCAACAAAGACGGACGAAUUUUUUCAGUUGUAUCCCUUAUUCCAAGAUGUGCAUGUCAUGAUAUUUGUUGGCUUUGGUUUCCUCAUGACCUUCCUGAAGAAAUAUGGCUUCAGUGGUGUUGGUUUCAAUCUUUUUCUUGCUGCUCUGGGCCUUCAGUGUGGUACAGUUGCACAGGAACUCCUUCACAACAAAGGAAAAAAAUUUCACAUUGGAAUCAAAACUAUGAUAAAUGCAGACUUCAGUACAGCCACGGUUCUGAUUUCUUUUGGCGCUGUCCUCGGAAAGACAAGCCCCGUCCAAAUGUUGAUCAUGACAGUUCUAGAAAUUGCUGCCUUUGCUGGCAAUGAAUAUCUGGUUACUGAAAUAUUUAAGGCCUCUGACACUGGGGCAUCCAUGACAAUCCAUGCUUUUGGGGCCUAUUUCGGCUUAGCUGUAGCAGGCGUCUUAUAUCGCCCUGGCCUCCGCGGGGAACACAAAAACGAGGAGUCUGUGUAUCACUCUGACUUGUUUGCCAUGAUUGGAACACUUUUCCUUUGGAUAUUUUGGCCCAGCUUUAAUUCAGCCAUUGCUGAACCUGGAGAGAAGCAGUAUAGGGCCAUUAUCAACACAUACUUGUCCCUUGCUGCCUGUGUGAUUGUAGCCUAUGCCUUGUCCAGCCUUGUUGAACGCCGAGGAAGACUGGAUAUGGUUCAUGUUCAGAACGCUACUCUGGCAGGAGGUGUCGCUGUGGGCACAUGUGCAGACAUGAAAAUCCCCCCCUACGCUGCUAUGACCAUUGGAAGCGUUGCAGGCAUCAUCUCGGUGCUUGGAUACAAGUUCCUUAGUCCACUGUUAGCUAAUAAACUGAUGAUCAGAGAUACAUGUGGAGUCCAUAACCUGCACGGCUUACCUGGUGUGUUGGGAGGCCUUGUCAGCAUUGGGGUCGUAUACUGGGAAAAGUCUAAUUUGUCUGCGGUGGCUAUGCAGGCAGCAGCACUGGGUUCCUCCGUUGGUUCAGCAGUUGUUGGAGGAUUGAUUACAGGUCUACUUAUGAAGUUAUGUAGCUGUGAUCAGCCCCCUGAUGAGGACUGCUAUGAUGACUCUGUUUAUUGGAAGGUAACGUACAGAAUUCAAAAAGAGAAUACAAAGGAUGGUACUGUCACAGUUCAGAUGGUCAAGGACUCUUUCGCUCUUCCAGAUCAAAAUUAUGGAUAGGCAAGGAGGAGCUCUUCAAAUGCUGGUCUCUAUCAAUUUCUGUUCUUUGCUCUGGUUGGUAGCACCUGCCGGGACAGCCGCUAGGCAGAAACAACGGCAAGUA